AUGGAAAUCAAAACACAGUCUUCGAUUCUUCUUAAUACUGUGAGUUUAGGUGUUACCCGCGGACCAGUAGGAAAACACCAAUGGGAUGGAAUGAUUGGGCCAUCGAAUUCCUCAGCAACCCCCACUCUCCCCCUCACAAAGCUCACCCUCUUCCUUUCCUCCUCUAUCUUGAUCUCUCCCGCCCCUUCAAAUGGCUGCGCAUAUCCAUCUUCAUCGGAAUCAGCAUCACCGUUCUCUUCUACUCCACUAUCGGUAUCUUGA